AUGGAUAACGGCAGCCUGGGAUUUCUCGGAGAAGCUAACACAUCUCUUCAGAUUGAACAUCAACCCUGUGCUACAUUACGGAACCAGGUCUCACACAUUUUCCUGUAUGCCUUCCUCUCCGUUGGCAUCGCCUGCACAGUGGUGGGAAAUUUCCUGGUGGUCUUGUCCAUCGCCUACUUCAAGCGGUUGCAGUCACCCACAAACUCUUUUGUCAUGUCCUUGGCAGUGGCUGACUGUCUUGUUGGCCUGGUUGUGAUGCCUUACAGUAUGAUUCGGACCGUGGAGGGAUGCUGGUACUUUGGUGCCCUUUUUUGUCAGCUUCACUCCAGCUUAGAUGUUAUGCUUUGCACUGCCUCCAUAUUCCAUCUCAGCUGCAUUGCCUUUGACCGCUACUAUGCUGUGUGCAACCCGCUCAUCUACUCUUUAAAGAUGUCCCACAAUCGAGUAGCUUUCCUCAUUGUUGUAUGUUGGGCAGUUCCCAUGCUCAUUUCCUUUUGCCCCAUAAUGCUAGAUCUUCAUAUUGCCGGUGUGGACAUCUUGCUCCCUAAAGACGUCUGCGUGUUUUUGGUCAAUCGCAUUUAUGCUGUCAUGGCCUCCUUGGUAGCCUUUUACUUGCCGAUGGGUAUCAUGUUGAUAGCAUACUGGAAGAUCUUCAAAGCUGCCAAUCGGCAGGCCAGGCAGAUCAGCGCCAUGGAAAGCCAGAUGGCUGCCGGUGUGGGCAAAGACUCAAGCAAGAAACAACGACACAGAAAAGCAAUGAAAAGAGAGAGAAAGGCAGCAAAAACUUUAGGUAUCAUCAUGGGAGUUUUCCUAAUCUUUUGGAUGCCUUUCUUUACAGUCAACAUUGUGGACCCAUUUGUUGGAUACACCACAGAGGUGGUUGUCUGGGAUGUAUUUUUAUGGCUAGGAUAUAUCAACUCAUCUCUGAAUCCCUUCCUGUACGGUUUCUUCAACCGUUCGUUCCGUAGGGCAUUCCUCAUGUUCAUCGGCUGCAGGGUAUGCCUUCCUGGAUCCUCCCCAGGGAUGGAACUAUCUCACACCAGGAAGGAGGCAAACGAACGUGCACAUCAACCAUAAAAUACAAAUAAUAUCUGUGUAGGCAUACAAAGACCAAUGAAUACUAAGGAUUAUAAGGCAGUAAUAACAGAUUUUGGUGACAACCAGGUUUGAAUUAGGAAGAAGUACCAUUAUAAGUUAAUGAGGUAUGACGUAUGAAAUCAACUCUUUUCUUUCCAGGCAAAAGUAAUGUACUCAGAGUGUGUGGAUCGGCUCUGUCACAAAGACUUUUUCCAGUGUCCGCACUUUCGGUGAAUAAGGUUUUUAUAACUUGUUUCCAUGGACUUGGAAGAACAAUUACCCGAUAUAAAAAAUCUUUACUUGAUAUUGAAUUGUUUUUGAGCAGACAACAGCUUUGGACAGAGAUUAAACCUUUAAAUUCUCUGAAUGCACACAUCUUAAUAAAUAAGAUCUUAAUAUUUAUUGAUGUAAAAUUAAAUGUUCUUUAUUUCCUUGAAGGAUUUUCCUUUUAGGAGGAAGUGCAUCUCAACUGUCUCUUAACCUCACCUGUUGAAAACUGACCACAUGGCCUGUUUUCUUUUGGCUGCCAUGAUAUGUGUGUCUUCUCUGUCUUGUGGCCAGUUUGUGGUCACAGCAGCUGUGUCUGGCCCGCAUCCUUCAGAAGUUUCAUUUGAAGACUGAUUGUGUCACAGCAGCGCGACUAGGCUGUCCCAUUUCGAAGGCUCCUUAAAAUGGGACCAACAGAUUUAUUCCUCCAUUCCUUACAUUUGCCUCAACCUUUACGGUCUAUGCUCCAUGAAGGUGGUGGUCUUUGUGGGCCGCAUAGACCACGUCCACCAAGAGAUGAAAUUUGGCUUGAGGUUUCUUCCUUUUUGAUUGAAAUAGUUUUCUUUACUUGUUGUGAAAUCUUUAAGAUAGCAUGACUCAACUUGGGGUUUGACGCAAAGUAAAGAUGAAAGUGGAAACUUAAGUAACCCCUUUUAUAUUUGACGCUCUUACCUCACAUCACUUCUUCCUGAACUGUAUCUAACCCUGCAUGGCCCUGCCCAGUAUCCA